AUGGAAGCGGAGUUCAUGUCCUCAUCCCAGCCAGGACGCGAACUGCUGGGUGUGAGGGAACUACUGCUGGAGCUAAAGCUGCAGGUAUGCAUGCCGAUGCCUAUGUGGAUGGAUAAUCAAGCGGCGAUCAAGCAACAAGAGGGAGAGAAGAGCACAACGAGCGCGAAGCACGUGGACAUCAGGUUCAAAUUCAUCUGCCACUACGCGCGUGAAGGAAUUGUGGUGCCCAAGUACGUCAAGACUGAGAGCAUGAUGGCGGACAUUCUGACGAAGUCCUUGCCAGCGCCGAGAAUGGAGGAGCUACGCAAUAUGUUCAACUUGAGGACGAUUCAGGCUGAAGUCGAGGAGAAUGUUAGAAGAUACAGCUUUUAA